UCCAAGUUUACGAGUGUAGGCUGUGCUUUGGCUGAUUUCUUCAACCUGCUGGAGUCUUUAAAGUUAAAGCGUAAAAACCCUGCCACAGCGAGCAGGAGGCUGAAGCAGACUUCGACGGGACGGAAAUCCCACUCUGCUCGGUCACCAUACAGGGAAGCUUUUGUUUCAUAUCCGACUUCUUGUUCUACAGGUAAAGAGUGGCUUCCUAGCAUGAACCAGUCUUGGGACAAGAACAUUUUUGAGAAUGGCCAAAGUAAACAGCAGGGAAAAGUGGACACGGCACCUUCGUUCGACCACCUCCAGAGUACUGGUUCAGGAGAUAAGUUUGAUAAGAAGGGGCUUCCUGUCAGUGGGGCGCUAAGCGGAGCCAGCCAGAAUCUACUGCUUUCUCCUGCAAGUCUGCAGCUGGCCCAGCUUCAGGCUCAGCUCACUCUGCAUCGCCUAAAACUGGCCCAGAGCAGCAACACUGCUGCUGCUGCCACAGUCCUCAAUCAAGUCCUCUCCAAUGUGGCCAUGUCCCAACCACUAUUUAACCAGCUUAGGGGCUCCGGCAUGCCCCAGGCCCCAGGACCAGGCUUCCCUUCCACACCCAUAUCUUUUCCCCCUCCUGGCACCCCAAUAGGCACCCUGGUAGGGGGUGCAUUCACCCAGAACCAUGCUGGGAUCCAAAUGAAUCACUAUGGAGGAGGUGGAACCAUGAGCCAGAAUGCGAACCCACAUGGGGAAAGUGGAAAUAAGGCCAACAAAUUUCAGGCAGGGUUUCUAGGAGGAACCACAGCAGGGCCUAGUAAAGCAGGUGAAGGAGGACACUGUGGAGGCACCGGCGGUCCCAAAACCAACAGCCAAAAUAACUACCAGAGAGACUUCUACUCCUCCGAGAGUCAAAUCUUGGACUCUGGGCAUACAGAACAAUGGAAAAACCUGACCGGCUUUGGCAUCUCGGGGAAACUGGAAGUGGGGACAGGCGUUGGGGGCAGCACCUGGGGACCGUCAACACACGGAUUUAUUGGCCCACGAGUGGAACUGUACAAUCCUGAGGAGCCGACCGUUGACCCCAAAUUCAGCCCGGCAGGAGGCCUUGGUUUUAACAGUGCCUGCGGUCAACAGCGGUUUGUGGGAUACCCACAGCAACAGAAGUGUGAGGAGGGGGUUGGCAUGACUCUACAAGCGCACCAGCUCAACGACUAUCAUGGUGUCACACCAUCGCACCUACCCCAUCAGUGCACCAUUUGUGAAAAGAAGGUUUACAACUUGAAGGAUUGGGACCAGCACGUGAAGGGCAAGCUGCAUAUACAGAAUCGUUCACUGUACACCGACGGCCAGGCACUUGGAGCCCUGCACUUUCCUGUCACGUCGGAAGGAUGCCGCGGCUCAGCGUUGAAUAACAACACCGUGGCGUACUCGUCCGCAGCUGGCCAAGAUGUUUCAACUGGAGGCUCCUCUUUUUUACAAGCUGCACCUAUGAAGUCAUUUCCUCUUUCAGGGGCGGGAUUUACCUCACACCAACCAGGGACAAAGUUUGUUCCGCGGAAGCCUGGUCCUGGGCGCGUUGUCCACAUCUGUAACCUCCCUGAGGGCAGCUGCACCGAGAACGAUGUCAUUAACCUCGGUUUGCCCUUUGGCAAAGUCACCAACUACAUCCUCAUGCGCUCCACACACCAGGCUUUCGUGGAGAUGGCGUAUGUGGAGGCAGCACAGGCCAUGGUGCAGUACUACCAGCUCCAUCCGGCCACCAUCAACGACCAGAAGCUCCUCAUCCGCAUGUCCAGGAGAUACAAGGAGCUGCAGCUGAAGAAACCCGGCAAAGACGUGGAGUCCAUCAUCCAGGACAUCAACUCUCAGAGGGAGAGAGAGGAGCUGCAUGACAUGGACAGAUAUCCACCGGAGCGUACACGUUCGCGCAGCCCCAUCACUCGCUCCCAGACUCCGCCUUCACACAGCCCCAGUUUCACAUCAUGCAGCUCCACCCACAGCCCCCAGGCGACGCCCUGGAUGAACGGCGUCGGUCCACGGCGAGGGUCGUGGGACUGGACGCAGCGCGAGAGGGACGAGUGGCGGAACGGCGAUGACGAGCGAAGGAAGACGUACCUUAAACUGCCAGACGAGCGCAGCAGGGACCGCUAUUUCUCCUCCCAUCAUCCCGCCGACGAUUUCUAUAAGAAGGAAAAGCUGCAACGUGUGUCUCAGCACCAGAGACACGAGGCCAAGUUCAAGAGGCGAGACGGAGGUGCAGAUCAUCACAGGAGCAGACGUUCAGAAUCCGAGCUCCCGGAGGACGGACGAGGCAGGAGGACGAGCAGGAGGCACGAGAGGGACGAGAGAGAGGCGAACGAUCACAAAGAGUCUACAGAGCACAAAGGUAAAGAGAGAUCGUCGUCUCCGCACAGCAGCAAACCUACAGAGCCGAGUGAGGGCGAGCGAGACAGAGAGAGUGAGGUGGAGUGUGCAAGUGGGGAGGACACGGAGGGUGAGUGCUGGUACCCUAACAGCAUGGAGGAGCUGGUGACAGUUGAUGAGGUGGGAGAAGAAGAUGACUCCAUCGUCGAGCCCGAUCUCCCCGAGCUGCAAGAGGAGGAACGUGAGGAAGAACAUGAGGAAGAGGCAAAGGAAGAUGGGGAGCGCAUGGAAAAGAAGGAGCCCACGCCAGCAAAGGUGGAGAAACAGGAGCCUGUGUCGACACCGGACGCUGCAACAGAAGAAACUUUAAGGUCUAUUCAGCCGGAGUGCCCUGACGCUCCGCCCUCUCACGUUUGCCUCUUCCCCUCUCAAGAGUUUAAAAGCACGCCGGAGGAGACGGCAGAGCCGUGCGUACCACUGACGAGCGUGACCGAUGUCGCCGAGACUCACGUCGCCACAGCACUCACAACCAUCGACAGCGUGUGUGAGACAGAAAAAAUCACAGACACACACAGUGUCGGUGAGACGGGCAGGACGGGUGAGACUGAGAAGACGGAGACGCACCAUGUGGACGAGAACCCAAAAAGAGACGCGGUUCCUCAGAGCUCGCAGCCUGCGAGUUCACCACAGGGGAUCGGCAUCAAAGCUCCAUCGCCGUCACGAGAACAGGAGAAGAUCAUCAGUGAACACAGCAUCCCUUUAGGUGUGGAGUUCAUCGUCCCCAGCACAGGCUUCUACUGCAAACUCUGCAGCCUUUUCUACACCAGUGAAGACAUGGCCAAGACCACACACUGCCGGAGCACCGUUCACUACCGCAACCUGCAGAAGUACCUGUCUCAGCUGGCCGAGGAAAGUCUCCUGCACUUCCGUUCAGACGCAGAGUGAAAACGAGACGACGUGGAGAAAAGAACCAGGCCAGAGAGAGGGAAGAGAAAGGACGUGUGUAUGAGAGAACGACACUGAGCCGUGCAGUCGUUCUGCACGUUUAAAGCAAACUUGAUCAGAAAGCAAUUACUGAGGAAAGAGCGACAAGGCGACGUCAUUAAGGCACCGUCACAGGGAGACGUUCUGCACAUCGGAGAUCCGUCUUAUUACCUAUUCACACGUGAUUAACUGCUGAAGAAGCGACGUGGAGCGACGUACCGCACCAUUAUGCGGUCACAAUUCAAUUAAACCGCCGAAGAUGAGCGACGAGGUGACGGCGUUAAAACCUGGAGUCUCGAUGAGACUUCCGGCACGUUUUAAACCUAAUUUUCAGAAACCGAGCACGUUUCCGUCACCUGCUGAAGGAGAGCGAGACAACGACAUCAUUCGUCGCACACGUUCCACGUAAAGCUGCUUCCAAACAUCACAUUUUAUUGCAGCUUCUCUUCUGUACAACAAUGUUUUUGUCUUUUUUUUUUAAAACUUACUGGCUCUUUUUUCUGAUGUUUCUGAAUUUGUAUAAAACAGUUGGCUGGAAACAGCACUGAACCCGAGCGAAGCGCCGCCGGAGAAACACAGUUCACAGACCAGAGCCUGAUCUCCAAUGUGUAAAUUGUUGUAAUGUGUAAAUUAAGAAGCGGUCAGUUCGCCGUCACGUGCCUUCGCACCGUAAGCCAUGGUGUAAAACUGGGUGUAAUUUUGUGCUCUGAACAACGGCAAGAGGAAACGUUCAGGGGAAAAUAUCUGCGUUUUGGAGCACAUCUCACACAACACUGUCAGAAUGUAAGGAAUAAGGAAUGUGCAUAAUGUCAGCAGCGCUAAAUCGACUAAGGGAUGGUUAGCAUCACGGCAUUCACGUUUUUCUAAGGUGACGUCUGAAUCGAAGAAAGUGUGUGUCCUCGGACGCUGGAAGAAGAAGACUGCUCUACCGAAUCGGGACUCUGCACACUUGUCCUCAGGUCAAUGAGCAAUGACUCUCAUUUAUGUUAAUAAUGCAAAAUAUUUUAUUUAUAAUAAACACACACAGGUACCAGGACUCCAGGACUUUUCCAUCCAUGCUGUGUGUAAGGCUUUCUGAGCUGUAGUGUAACUUGAACCGGACCAUGUUUGCUGUUUCUCCAGGCUGGACGAAGCUGUGGACAGAAUCAAGUGAACCGUGUGUGUGAUGGUAGUUUGCAGUAAAGGUGGGGCGGGUUGUGGAAGCGUUUUGUCUUCCGCAUGUUUUGUACAUUUGUUAUCGUUG